CGCGCCGUUCUUCGUUGUGAUUUGAUGCUGAUAAACGCAGUACACCGGCGAUAUGGAGAAGCACAAUGGAGGUUUUGAAGAGGAUAGGCUUUCGGAGCACUCUAAACAAUCGUAUAGUCAGAACAAAAAAAAUACCCUGCAAUUGGCUACUGAAGUGAUAGAUCCUGAAGAGGGCUGCAGCAAUGACACUCUGCUGGAAUUGAAGCAGAAAGCAGAAAGAUUCUCAAAGCAACUGGAGUGGUACUACUCACCUGCUUACUUGCUCUUCUGGGUCGGACUAUUCUUCGCAGUGAGCUAUCCACUGUUUAACUACCUGCCCACUGGAGUCAAGAUAGAGGAGGAGGCCAACCUACCGGGCACCUUUGUGGCCCAGCGUGCGGAGAGCAUACUGAUCCAGCUGGAUCUUAUGGGCCCCAAGAUAGCGGGCGAUUACGUGACGGAGGUGGAAAUGGUUCAGUUUUUGCUGGGCGAGAUAUCAAAGGUGCGGGAGGAGAUGAGGAACGAUCUCUAUGAGAUGGAGGUGGAUGUACAGCGCUCCAGUGGAUCUUUCCUUCACUGGCAAAUGGUUAACAUGUACCAGGGCAUUCAAAAUGUGGUGGUGAAACUGAGUUCCAAGAGUUCCAACAGCACCUCCUACCUAUUGGUCAACAGUCAUUACGAUUCGAAGCCCAGCAGUGUGGGAACUGGGGACGCUGAGGUCAUGAUUGUGACCAUGCUGGAGACACUCCGCUUGAUGGCCACGUCCGAGGAGCCUUUUCUGCACCCAAUAGUGUUUCUGUUCAAUGGCGCUGAGGAGCAGCCCUUCCAUGGUUCCCAUUCGUUUAUAUCCAACCAUCGAUGGUCAGCGAACUGCAAGGCCUUAAUCAACCUGGAUUCGGCAGGAGCUGGAGGUCGUGAAAUUCUUUUCCAGGGGGGUCCCAACCAUCCCUGGCUAAUGAAGCAAUACAAAAAGAGUGCCAAGCAUCCCUUUGCCACGACACUGGCCGAGGAAAUCUUUCAGGCUAAUCUGAUACCCUCCGACACAGAUUUCCGUAUCUUCCGAGACUUUGGACCGGUGCCAGGUCUGGACUUGGCUGGUUGCUAUAAUGGUUUCGUAUAUCACACCAAGUUCGAUCGCUUCAAGGUUAUUUCCCGAGGGGCUCUGCAAAACACUGGCGAUAAUGUCUUCUCCCUGGUCCGCAGUAUAUCCAAUGCCGAGGAAAUGUACGAUACAGAGGCUCACUCCAAGGGUCACUCCGUGUUCUUCGACUAUCUGGGUCUUUUCUUCGUUUACUAUACCGAGUCUACGGGCACAGCCCUUAAUAUCUCGUUCUCAUUGGGCGCCAUUCUGGUUAUAUGCCUUUCCCUGUGGCGCAUGGCUAGGGUUACGGAUUGGAGUGUGGGCACCUAUGCCCGGGCCUUUGGGAUGCAGUUCCUGCUCGCCAUUCUUGGAUGCCUGCUGGCCUUCGGAUUUCCAUUGCUGAUGUCUGUGUUCUACGAUGCCGGCGAUCGCACGAUGACGUACUUCAGCAACAGCUGGUUGGUCAUUGGCCUCUACGUCUGCCCCUCUAUAAUUGGACUAGUCUUGCCUUCGACCCUCUACUUGUCCCUGAGACCCAGCGAGAAGAUUCCGCACACAUAUCACCUGCAGAUCGUUGGACAUGCCUACUGUGUUUUCAUGGCGGUGCUUUGCAUUUUACUAACCGUUGUUGGCAUUCGCACUGCAUAUCUCUUCAUGAUGUGUGUAUUCUUCUACUUGGGAGCUUUGAUCAUCAACCUAGCUACUCGACUUCAUGAUAAAGGCUAUCUUUGGUCUCUGGUGCUCUGUGUUUGCCAGAUACUUCCCUAUCUGUACUUCACCUACCUAUUCCAUGCUCUGCUGGUGCUCACCAUUCCGAUGACGAGCCGCAAGGGCAUGGAAGCUAAUCCCGAUUUAUUGAUCGCCUUGGAGUGCGCCCUGGGCUCUAUUCUGGCAAUGGUGUUUCUGGCUCCUUUGCUGAAUCUCUUCCGGCGACCAAAGACCAUGGUUGGAGGAUUGACACUAGUAAUGUUUAUUUUCUGCAUGAUUUCUGUUUCGGAUGUGGGCUUUCCAUAUCGCCCCACCACAAAUGUGAUGCGUCUCCACUUUUUGGAGGUACAUCGCAAGUUCUACGAGUACGACGGCUCCAUUAGCUUGGAGGACAGUGGUUACUACUUCGACUUGCAGGAUAGGCGGUAUGAGUAUCCCUUGCUGGAUAAAAUCAAUAUCUCUGGAAUUACGCGCGUUGAUGACUAUUGCAAAACUGAGAUGUAUUGCGGCUUGCCGUGCUUUAACCACCGUUGGUGUGCCACCGUGAAGGACGCCCGUUGGCUACCGAGGGAUGAGCCCGUCGAUUUGCCUGGAACUCCAAUUUUGCAGUUCCUGAACAAGACUGUGUUGGGCACUGAGUCCGAUCCAAGGGUUCGAUACCACUUCGUCGUGUCAUCAGGGCCACCAAGGAUGAGUUUCUUUGUACAGCCUCGGGAUGGAGUGAGGAUACUGAACUGGUCGUUCCUCAAGGGAAUGCUGGACAAUCCAUCGGUCUACAAGCCGCCAUAUCACAUAUUCUUCGGAUAUGGCAGCGACAACUCGCCUGUGGAAUUCUAUUUGGAAAUGACGAAGGACGAUGGCAACUUUGACGGGCCGGUGGUGGAGCUGGGUAUCUCUGGGCACUAUAUGAGUCAUCUAAGUAAACGCGAUGCGACGACCCGAAAAUUCAUUGAGGAUCUGCCAGACUUUGCCCAUCCCAUGGAGUGGCCAAGUUCCUAUGAAAGAUAUAUAUUCUGAGAUUCAGCUUACAUAGUAUUAAAAUUUGUUAAAACAAA